GUUGGGGGUUCGAGGCUAGAAUGGAUAUGGCGUGCCGCCGCGGCUCCUGCGAAAUGAAGGCGAGGGGUGUCAUGAGACCCUUUUUGCACCGCAUCUGCGAAUCAGUCCCGUUCCAUCGCCAUUUUGUUCUGUGUAGAAGGUCGGCGCUUCGCUUCCAUGGCACACUUGCGUCGGCACUCGACGUCGCGGACCGAGAGCCAUGGCCAGUAGGGGCGGAGCGGAGGGGGAGCCCUCGACCUCGAUGGGGACGGAGGAGGGGAGGCCGGCUCUGGCCCAGCCCCUGCACCUGCAGCGGCUUGAGCGGGCCGUCAAGCUGGACAACUUCAUCGGCUUCAUCCACAACUACUUCUCCAACCCCGUCAACGAGGGUGAGGACACGGAAGCGGAGAGCUUGUCGGACAUCGACGAAGACGGAGAGACGCUCAACGGCGGCGGACAGUCCGAGCACGAGAAACGUGCGGAGAAGAUGAGGCUGUACAACUUCGACAACGUCAAGAAGAGUCGACGAUGGCUCAAGAAUGUGCUGCUGAGCGACACGUCCUCCUCGGAGGAGGACAACUCUCCGACGGAGGACGACCUCCAGGACUGGCUGCGGUUCCACAAGCUGCGCCAGAUGGCCAGGGCGGAGCUCAACGGGGACCCCGAGCUGCGGCAGUACCAGUACUACGGGGUGGGCAUGCUGUCACAGCACGACCCCUAUCCGGACCAGCAGAAGGCGCUGCAGGGCAGCAAGAAGAAAUCCAGGGAGCGUAAGGCCGCCGAGCGUCGGAAAGCUAAAUUAAAACGGGUGAAGCUGGAACCGGGUUACGACGACGACCCUUUCAAUCAGGAGGGCUCCGAGGCGGAGGGAGGGGGUGGCAGCCUGGAGGACGCCCGUCACACUCCAGAGAGCGUCUACGGGGACGCCCCUUCGGGAUCCCGACCCCACGGGCGCCGGAAGAGCGCAGCCGCGCACGAGGCCUCCAUGAACCUCAGGAGGAGGCGGCUCUGGGUCGGGCUCUCCAAAAAGGAGGUCUCCAGGGCGCAGAAGCAGAAGGUGAAUGCCCACAAGGAGAUGCUUACCAAUGCCAAAAGGUUUGCGGUGGCCUGCCAGCGGGAGGUGCGUCGCAACGCCCUGGCCUCGCAGAAGGCCUCCCGGGACACCCCUGGCCGGGCCCGGCGCCUGACCCGAGAGAUGCUGCUCUACUGGAAGCGCUACGAGAAGGUGGAGAAGGAGCACCGGCGCAGGGCGGAGCGGGAGGCCCAGGAACAGCUGCGCAUUGACAUCGAGAUGAGAGAGGCCAAGCGUCAGCAGCGCAAGCUGAACUUCCUGAUCACCCAGACGGAGCUGUACGCCCACUUCAUGAGCCGCAAGAUGGCCGGCCUGGGCCCGGACCCCCGACAGGAGGAGAUCCUGGGCAGCCUGGACGAGUCGGCCUCCUGCUCCCGCUCCAGCUCCCUCCUCGAGGCCGAGGCAGACGACGACUACGAUAAGGAGCUGAUGAAGUCUCAAGCGCUGAGGAACGCCGAAGACGCCUACUUGGCACACCGAGCCAAGACGGAUGCCUUUGACACGGAGCUGAGGCCUUCCCAGAAGAGCCCCAAGAAAGGAGGAGCGCCGCAGGGCGAUCUGAACGAAGAUUUUCGGAUCACCGCCGACCCGAGCCUGGCCACCGAAGACCUCUCCCAGCCGCUCAUGUUUGUGGGCAAGCUCAAGACCUACCAGCUCAAGGGCAUGAACUGGCUGUACAGCCUUUACGACAAGGGCAUCAACGGCAUCCUGGCGGACGAGAUGGGCCUCGGCAAGACGGUGCAGACCAUCGCCUUUCUCGCUGCCCUGGCCGAAGUGCAGAGCAUUUGGGGCCCAUUCCUAGUCAUAGCUCCGGCCUCGACCCUGCACAACUGGCAGCAAGAGUUCACCAAGUUUGUGCCCAAGUUCAGGGUGGUCCCCUACUGGGGCAACACGAGCGACCGCAAGGUGCUGCGGCAGUUCUGGGGCCGGCUGGAGGGAGGCCAGGGCUCCAGCUUCCACGUGGUGGUGACCAGCUACCAGCUGGUGGUACAGGACGUCAAGUACUUCCAGCGCAUACGCUGGCAGUACAUGGUGCUCGACGAGGCGCAGGCCAUCAAGAGCACCUCCAGCGUGCGCUGGAAGAUCCUGCUGGCAUUCCACUGCAGGAAUAGACUUCUCCUAACCGGCACACCUAUUCAGAACACCAUGGCCGAGCUGUGGGCCCUGCUUCACUUCAUCAUGCCGACGCUGUUCGAUUCACACGACGAGUUCAACGAGUGGUUUUCCAAAGACAUCGAAAGCCACGCUGAGAACAAGUCCACCAUCGACGAGAAGCACCUGUCUCGCUUGCACAUGAUCCUGAAACCCUUCAUGCUGCGGCGUAUCAAAAAGGAUGUUGAGAACGAACUAUCAGACAAGAUUGAGGUGCAGGUGACGUGCUGGCUGGCCCAGCGCCAGAAGCUCCUGUACCAGGGGCUAAAGAACAAAAUCUCCAUCGAGGACCUCAUGCAGUCCGCGGGGGCAGCCUCCUCCCAGGCACAGUCUGCUACCUCCAGCCUCAUGAACCUUGUCAUGCAGUUCAGGAAGGUGUGCAAUCACCCGGACCUGUUUGAGAGGCGCGAGGUUCGGUCGCCUUUCCACAUGCGGGCCGGGCCCUUCCAGCUGCCGAGGCUACUCUUUGCUCAAGGCAUCCUCCAGUCUUGGAACCGGAGGCAGAGCCGGUGGCCGAGCAUCUUCCACCCGAGCCACGUGCACCACUCCCUCUUCAAGUCACUUGACGGUCGUCCGACGGGCGGCUUCUCGUUCUCGCGCUUCGUGGGGCUGUCGUCCUCGGAGCUGGCCAAAGUGAUGCUGUGCGGGCUGCUUGAGAGGUUUUUGGCAAUCUUGGCAGAACUGAAGGAAGCGCAGAGGACCCACCAUACUCACGUCUGGAGGGAAAACCAGGACAGCGGACGCCACCUGUCGCACCGCUCCCUCCUGGUGACGUCGCAUGCACCGACGGGCGCAGCGUCGCUGUCGCAGAGCGCCACGCUGCGCGGCCUGGUGUUUGGCGCCGAGCCCCGGUGCUACGCGCUCGAGACGCAGAGGCUUCACGCCACGAGGGAGACGGCGGCACACCGAGAGCUGCGUCAGCGCAAGGUGAAGACGAGGCACCACCACCAUCACCACCACCACCACCACGGUGGCGGCGGCGGCGGCACUUCCGCCGCACCUGGGGCGCCGGCGGGGGCGGUGACGAGCCACCACGGCGCCACCGCGCCAACGACGCCGUCGGCCAAGAAGGCACACCAUCAUCAGCCCCAGCCCCCGCAGCAGCAACAGCAGCAACCGCCCCCGCAACAUCAGCAUGGCCCGGCGAGCCCUCCCGCGUUGCCGGAAUUCCCCCACCGCCCGCUGCCGGUCCAGGUCCUGGAGUGUGUUCCUACGGAGGUGCCGCGCUUCCUCGUCUCGUGCACAAGCCCCAGGGUGACGGCCGAGCCUCCCGAGCUGUGGUGCCACUCCAGCAGCGCCCUCUGGUGGUGGCGGGGCGUCCAGGCGUGCGGCAGCCCCCAGGCCCACCGGUGGUGGCGUACGGGCCAGCUGCCCGGUACCCCCGCCGCGCAGGGAGCGGUCUUCGGCCCGCCUCCAACGCCCGAGGGAGGCCUGGCGUCGGCCAGGCCGCUCAGGGGGUGGUCCCACAUCUGCAUCCCAGACAAAGAGACCCUGGUGACGGACUCUGGCAAGCUCCAGGUCCUAGACUCUCUGCUGUGUAGGCUCAAGUCCGAAGGGCACAGGGUUCUCAUCUACUCGCAGAUGACGCGCAUGAUCGACCUCUUGGAGGAGUACAUGUGGCAUCGGAAGCACACUUACAUGCGGCUAGACGGCUCCUCGAAGAUCUCGGACCGCAGAGACAUGGUGGCGGACUUCCAGACUAGGUCAGACAUUUUUGUGUUCUUGCUGAGCACGCGGGCAGGAGGCCUGGGCAUCAACCUCACUGCCGCAGACACGGUGGUGUUCUACGACAGCGACUGGAACCCUACAGUAGACCAGCAGGCCAUGGAUCGGGCCCACCGGCUGGGGCAGACCAAGCAGGUCACCGUCUACCGGCUCGUCUGCAAGGGCACCAUUGAAGAGCGGAUUCUGCAGAGGGCAAGGGAGAAGAGCGAGAUUCAGCGGAUGGUGAUCAGCGGUGGCAACUUCAAGCCGGACACGCUGAAGCCGAAGGAAGUGGUCUCGCUGCUCCUGGAUGACGCCGAGUUGGAACGCAAGUUCCGUCAGCGUCAAGAGGAGCGGAAGCAGUUGGAGGACGGGCCGGAGAAGCAGCCCAAGGAGCGGAAGAGGCGCAGCGACAAAGGGGAGAAGCGUGGCCCCCGCAAGAAGCGUGCGCCAGUGGAGCACAACACGACGAUCCCCUCUGUGUCUUCUGCGCCGCCUCCCUCCCUGGCGCUGCACCAGGACACCGAGUCCGUGGUCAGCCUCGACUCGGUGCCCCCCAGCCCCUACAGCGAGCAGUCCCUGAGCAGCGUGGCUGUGGCCCAGGAUGAGUCGAGCAGCGAGGGGCCCCUCAUCGUCGACGACGGGAGUCCCUCGGCCACCCCCGUACCCACCCCGGCCACCCCGGAAGGCGGCGGGACGGUGUCUCCCGGCGGGAGCGGCAAGGGCCGGAGCGGGCGAGGGACGGGGCGGGCCAGGGGCCGGCCCCGGGGGUCGACCAGGCGGGCCCCCGCCGCCCUCAGGGGCUCCAUGCUGGCGGCCGCCGAGCGGGCGGGGGCCCAGGCCGGGGCCCAGGCCGGCUUCGCGGCCUACGGCUACUCCGUGCCCUGGAACGGGCCCCCCUCUGGCACAGCGGGCGGCGGACCCAGCGCCGCAGGUGGCUCGGCCGCAGCGCCAGCAGUACGCGGCGGCGGCAACGCGAACUCCUUCAGGGGUGCGCUUCAGCAGCAAGGCACCAACAGAUCGCCCAGGCAGGGAAACGUCACUUCCGGUUCGUCCAAUGCGGCGACGUAGCUUCCGGGCAAACAUUGUGUCAUCUGUUCAUCGCCUGUCCCUGUCUUCACCAUUCAUUUUUCUGUUUCAUUUUGGUGUGUGUAUAUGUGCGCGGGUGCUCACGUGGUACGAACUUGACGGCACUGGUUCGCAAGUUUGUGACGUCAUUUAGAAAAAGCUCUGACGUAGCUUCCACCUAGCACUUAGUGACUUUUUUUUGUAUGUGUGUUUUGGCGAACGCUUAUGUCGCGCCGUUGGGUGAAGAACAAGACGAUGUCACCGAGCGGCUCACGCGCGUGGAUUAACGUUUGGCGCAUUUUUUGACCGCUCGUGUUCUGUGACGCCAGAUUUCUGUGACGUCAUAGACAUGCGGAAGCGGAAAACGGUGACAUGAGCGUUCUGUGCGGUCGGUGGUUUUGCCUGUUGCGCCCCUUGUAUUGUUGGUACAUGGAGAGGAUAACGCUAAGGAUCACGUGAUCGGAACGCGAAGAUUUGUGAUGGCGCGGAAAAAUACAUUAGUGACGUCAGGUAGCAGUGGCGUCUUGUUAGCAACGUUGGUUCAACUAUUGUGCGACUUGGUUCACGAUCACGGAGAAGCGUUUGCAUUUAGUGGCAUUACUGCAAAAAAUCUAUAUUGUCCUCUUGUUUAGUUUGUAUAAAGAUUACGAUGUGUGCAUGGUUGCAUGCCUCACGAUUGAUCCUGCCUUGUGUAAUGUAAAAUAAAGAAGUGUGUUAAAUUUAUGUGUUUGAAAUAUUAGUCGUUGGGAAUAUUUUUUUUUUAUUCUGGUUAUUGUGAUUUGAGUUUAAUUGAUAAUGGUAUGUGCUGAUUGUCGCCAUUUUGUUUUGUGGCCGCUUCUGUGGCACGAUUGUUCGGUGACAAGGCGUGAUCGGCAUCGGAACUGCGUCAUUGUCAUCAGUUUCCUGGAUGGAUGAAUGGCUGAGGCCCUUCGUAUCGGGCGAUAGCUUGCGACACCUGGCCUUAAAAAAAAAAAAAUUAAAAAAACCUUUUCCAGACUUUUCUUUUUAAUUCUGUAUUGGUAAAUUGUUUAAUCCAGCGGCACAAUUGCGUUUUCUAUCAGAAAUCUCUCUUUUGAAAUCUGCCUCCACCGAUAUAUCUUCGGACAGAAUUUGUUCGGCUGAAAAUUGUAAAUUAAUUUAAACUAUUCGUACGUCUGGAAGUGAUGUCUGCGCGUCGGCAGUUUUUGCAGGUCUUGCGAAGCGAUGUAGUUCUGGCAAAGCUCUAGAGAUGGCGCCAGGGGUCAGGUAUGUUAAAUGUCUUCUGUGUGUAGUGACGUCAACGGAGUAACCUUUUCUUUCUGCGCUUUUAAGUGCAAGUUGCGUGCACAGGCGUUGGCUCAGUGGCAAGCGCGGCAAGCCAUCUAGUUUCAGUGAGCCGCAUGAGAUGGCGCUGCGGGUCGUGUGAUUCAGAUUGGGUGCUGCAUCGUCUCGGCGACUGUCGCGUGAUAUGGGAAGUGCGUUUCCCUAGCGGGGGCGAGGAAAGCGUUUGUGAUUGGUCCUCAGUUUGCGAGGCGAUGUUCGAAGCAGGGCGAAUGUGUGCUAACAAAAAAAAAAUAUCUUUUUUUUCUUCUCCGGAAUGAUAUUUGUUGGUCUGUUGGGGCUUGCUUCUGAUCGUGAUUUUAAGACACGCGAUUUCUUUUGAAACUCGUUACUUUGUUUUGGGGGGGGGAAGGGCAAAGAGGUCGGCCCUUUCGGAAUCUUUUUUUUUUAUUUCCCCGUUUGUAGAUAAUAAAAUUAGAGUUAUAAUUUUUCC